AGCAAAAAACCAUAUAAAAGUACUAAGGAAGAUGAGAAGGUAAAAAUUGAAAUUUCUGCCUCACUUUCAUUUGUUUCGUUGUCCCAAAAGAACGAAGAAAACAAAGGAAUGUUGCAGAGGAAAAAGCAAAGGACUUGUCCUGAAAUUACCGACAAAUCCGAUCUCUUCGAUGGAUUGCCUGACGAUCUCGUUGUUUCCAUCCUUUGCAACCUCAGUUCUUCCGCUUCUUGCCCUUCUGAUUUCAUCAAAGUUCUCCUAACAUGUAAGAGAUUAAACCGUUUAGGCCUUCACCCUCUAGUCUUAUCAAAAGCUGGUCCAAAAGCUUUGGCCGUGAAAGCCCGAAACUGGUCCGAUUCCGCUCACUGUUUUCUCAAACACUGCGUCGCCGCCGGCAACGCUGAAGCUUGCUACACUCUCGGCAUGAUCCGAUUUUACUGUUUACAAAACAGGGGAAGCGGAGCGUCGUUAAUGGCCAAAGCAGCAAUCAAGUACCACGCGGCGGCUCUCUACUCGCUGGCCGUUAUACAAUUCAACGGAAGCGGUGGCUCGAAAUACAACAAGGAUCUUCAAGCCGGAGUAGCUUUAUGUGCACGAGCCGCUUUCCUUGGCCAUGUGGACGCGCUUCGUGAGCUUGGUCAUUGCCUGCAAGACGGUUACGGCGUGCGCCAAAACGUAACCGAAGGACGCCGGCUACUCCUCCAAGCCAACGCUCGAGAACUCGUGUCGUCUUUAAACUCCUUAAUCAAACGACAACCUCAGCAACAGCACAAACGUCGUGUAAACUAUCAACAUUACACUUACAGGACGGGAUCGGGUUCGGGUUCGGGUUGUCCGUUGUUAAGUGAUUUCGGGUGCAACGUACCCGCACCGGAGGGGCAUCCGGUGAACACGUUUUUGAAAGAAUGGUUCGAGUCAGGGGUGGGUGAGUUAGGUCAGGGGCUAAGGCUUUGCUCUCAUAAAGGCUGCGGAAGGCCUGAGACAAGGGCUAAUGAGUUUAGGAGGUGCUCAGUUUGUGGCACGGUGAAUUACUGUUCUCGUGGUUGUCAAGCGCUUGAUUGGAAGUUGAGACAUAAGGUUGAAUGCGUACCAAUUGAGAGGCGGUUGGAGGAAGGCGGUAAUGAGAAUGGCGGCGACGCCGGUGCUGGAAGAUUGGAAGCAGUAGGGGAAGCUGAAGACGUAGCUAUUGACUGAUUAAGCUAUGUUGUCAAACGAGGCUGGCGGAAGAUGCUCAUAUAUAGCAUAUGGACAUGGCGACCUGAUUAAGGGUUCGAAAUCGUUUGAAAUUUGUUUGGUCAAAAGAGGAGGAUUCGAGGAGCGUCAGUGAACAAGCAUGCGAAUUGGGGAGAUUUUGGUGAGGGGUCCCAGCAAUGUAAGACUUUGUUGAAGUAUUCAAAAGGAUUCUCAAAGACAAUUGUUUCAAAACGUGGACAGCUUUCUUCUUUCUGUAGAAAAUCUACGAGGCAAAUUUUGUAUAGUGAGAACAAAAUUUUCUGAUUAAACAAAACGAAAAAGGAUUUGCACCUUCGUUUGGAUGCCCCAUGGUAAAAAUUCGGAUUGGGAUUCCGUCUCUAAACAAUGAGAUGGUAUGAUUUUGUUGAUUCCAACAAAUUUUACCUUACAGGUCGA